CAUGUCCUUCCAAUUCAGGGUCGUGCAAAACGCAAAUCCCCCACCAAUGACCGUGUUCUUCGGGCUAGAAUUUCGUGUUUCUCGUCUUCCUUCAUCUUUUUUUCUCAUCCUCACCUUAAAUGCUUAAAAAAAAAAAAGAAAAUCAAACGCCAACUAACUAACGUUUGUGUUGUCCUGUCUUGUUCUGUUUUGUUCUCUAUUUAUGUUUUUUUGGCAACAGUGGUCGUGUUUAUGUUUUACAGUUAAAAUUUAAGAACUUUCCUAUUUUCCUCCUCCGACAACAACCAAAGAAACAUGCUUUCUCCGACGACGCAUGAUAAGGAGGCCUAACACAGUGUCGUUGUUACGUGAACCGCCGGCGCUGGAUUGAGUUUCGUGGGAUAUGAGGUUGUUCAAUCCUGUACCUUUUUGUAUAGAUCCGAAGAGUAGGAGAUCGUUCUUCUGUAGCUUUCUUCCUGCAGCUUCUUUUCUUCUUAUAGUUUUCUUCAUAGGAAGCGCAUUCAUAGUUCCAGAUUACAAAGAGAAAUUAUCAAGAUGGAGAUUAGUUGAUGGCUUCCAGAAUUUAAAAUUCGUCACUUGUAAGAAUACAUGCAGGCCUCCUGGAAGCGAGGAAUUACCUGAAGGCAUUGUUUCAAAGACUUCCAAUUUGCAAAUGAGGCCAUUAUGGGGCUUUCCAAAGAGCAAUGAUAAUUCUUCAAGUAACUUAUUUACACUGGCUGUUGGAAUAAAGCAAAGAGAUAUUGUUGAUGAAAUGGUCAAGAAGUUCCUAUCAAGUAAUUUUACUGUGAUGCUUUUCCAUUAUGAUGGUGUUGUUGAUGAAUGGAAGGAUUACAAAUGGAAUGAUAAUGUUAUACAUGUUUCUGCCAAAAAUCAAACUAAAUGGUGGUUUGCAAAACGUUUCUUGCAUCCUGAUAUUGUUGCAGAAUACAAUUAUAUUUUUCUCUGGGAUGAGGACCUUGGAGUUGAAAAUUUUGACCCUAAACAGUAUAUAUCAAUUGUUAAAAGCAAAGGGCUUGAGAUAUCACAGCCAGCAUUGGAUAUUGGUAAAUCAGAGAUACACCAGCAAAUUACUGCUCGUGUGAGGAACUCAAUAGUACACAGCAGAACUUUCAAGUCUGGUGUUUGUGAUGGCAAUAGUACAGCUCCUCCAUGCACAGGAUGGGUUGAAAUGAUGGCCCCAGUUUUCUCAAGAGCUGCAUGGCGUUGUGUGUGGUAUAUGAUCCAGAAUGACUUGAUCCAUGCUUGGGGUCUCGAUUAUCAGCUCGGUUAUUGUGCACAGGGUGAUCGAAUGAAAAAUAUUGGCGUUGUGGAUGCUGAGUACAUAGUGCAUUAUGGUCGUCCUACGCUUGGAGCUACAGAUGAAAAUAAGGAAUCAUCUCCUUCCAAUGAAAGUGAUCAUAGACUGGAAGAACCAUCUCAGUCCAAAAAAACCGAUCCUAGACACGAAGUAAGGAGACAAUCCUUCCGCGAGUUCAAAAUAUUUCGAAGACGAUGGGAAAGAGCAGAAAGAGAGGAUAAAUGUUGGAGAGAUCCAUACAAACAAGCAGAUAAACAAAGCUUGCCUAGCUUUCAUUUAUCCCCAAGACCUCUGUAAUUAUGUAGUACUAUACAAUACUGAUGUUUCUGAACAAAGAAUAAGAUUAGGGAACAAAGUGCAGUGAUGGAGAUGGGUUGUGCAGAGUUCUCAGGCUGUGAAGGAUAAAUAUUUCAAGCAUCAAAUGGAGCAUCCUCGGAUUGCAGCUGAGUUUAAGAUGCACAUCUUUGUACAUUUUGUAAUUUCAGGAAUUGUAAUUGCAUCAUUCUUUUGAGCUCAAGAAUGAAAAUGUAACUUACAUACUCUUUUCGUCCCAUAAUUUUUGUUCGUUCUUCGUUU